GCCCUCCGGCCGCCAGUCAGUCGGGCAGUCGGGCCGUCAGUCGGUAGGAGCGGCAGCAGCGGGCAGCGGGCGGGAGGCAGCAGGCGGCAGCGCGCUCCGGGGGGCCCGCACGCAGGUCCCGGCGGCUCGGCGGUGGGCGCCCCCUCCUCGGCUUCCUCGCCCUCUCCUCGUCCUCCCUCUCCCCUCGGCCCGGGCGGCGGCGGCGGCAGCCAUCAUGGCGGCGGCGGCGGGAGGCGGCGGCGGCGCGGGGCCCGAGAUGGUCCGCGGGCAGGUGUUCGACGUGGGCCCGCGCUACACCAACCUCUCCUACAUCGGCGAGGGCGCCUACGGCAUGGUGUGUUCCGCAUAUGACAAUGUCAACAAGGUCCGAGUGGCCAUCAAGAAAAUCAGCCCCUUUGAGCACCAGACCUACUGCCAGCGGACGCUGCGUGAGAUCAAGAUCUUGCUGCGCUUCCGCCAUGAGAACAUCAUCGGCAUCAAUGACAUCAUCCGGGCCCCGGCCAUCGAGCAGAUGAAAGAUGUAUACAUAGUCCAGGACCUCAUGGAAACAGACCUUUACAAGCUCCUAAAGACGCAGCAUCUCAGCAAUGACCACAUCUGUUAUUUCCUUUAUCAGAUCCUACGAGGUUUAAAGUACAUCCACUCAGCCAACGUUCUGCACCGUGACCUCAAGCCUUCCAACCUGCUGCUCAACACCACCUGCGAUCUCAAGAUCUGUGACUUUGGCCUGGCUCGUGUGGCAGAUCCAGACCACGACCACACAGGCUUCCUGACGGAAUAUGUGGCCACGCGCUGGUACCGAGCCCCUGAAAUCAUGCUGAACUCCAAGGGUUACACCAAGUCCAUUGACAUCUGGUCUGUGGGCUGUAUCCUGGCGGAGAUGCUCUCCAACAGACCCAUUUUCCCUGGGAAACAUUACCUUGAUCAGCUGAACCACAUUCUUGGCAUUCUUGGAUCCCCAUCACAAGAAGACUUGAAUUGCAUAAUAAACUUAAAAGCCAGGAACUACUUGCUCUCUCUUCCUCACAAAAACAAGGUGCCAUGGAAUCGACUCUUCCCCAACGCUGACCCCAAAGCUCUGGAUUUGUUGGAUAAGAUGUUGACAUUUAACCCUCACAAGAGGAUCGAGGUGGAGCAGGCCCUGGCCCAUCCCUACCUGGAGCAGUAUUAUGACCCAAGUGAUGAGCCUGUAGCCGAAGCCCCAUUCAAGUUUGACAUGGAACUGGAUGACCUCCCUAAGGAGAAGCUGAAAGAACUGAUUUUUGAAGAGACUGCGAGAUUCCAACCCGGAUACCGAUCUUAAACUUUUACAGGGGACCCUGACAUGCCCUGCAGGGACAUUCCUCUCCCACUUCUCGGUCCUUGGUCGUGUCCCUCUGGCCUGUCUUGGCUUCUCCACUUUUAACUCCUCGGAGCCGUUCCGAGGGGCGGCUUCUGGUAGUUGUGGCUUCUCUGCUUUUGAUGAAUUCUUUCAGCCUGAAGAAUUGUGAUCGACACUCCCGUGUGUGUUCCCCAUUGGUGACUUGUCCGAGGACACUGACUGCUCACCAUUUGUUUAGUCUCCUGCUCGCUUUCCGGUUUGAGAGAUGCAGCGGUUCCUUCCACUCCUGAACCAAUGCUAGACAACUUCCCCGGGAACCCCCGAGUUGACAUGGUAGAUUCCAUUUCCCUGACUUGGCUUCAGUCACUGGCAUCUUGUUUUAUCCUGUUGUGUUGGAGGGAGAGCUAGAUUAGGACUGUUUAGGGCACUUUACGUCAGUGACACCCCCUUGUUUGCACUUCAACCUUGAACCAUAACUGUUUACCCCAAGCAGGAAAUCAUUGAAAUCAAUUUUAAUUAGAAGUCAGCAGACCUAGCAAGUGUGUCUUUCACCUUCAUCCAGGGAUGCCCUUGGCCACCAUUUUACUAGACCCAGCAUGGAUGGGGGGGCUGAUUUCUUAAAGGGUAUAUGCUCUUUGUCCAGCUCCUAGGAAGUUAGGAUUUUGUUCCAGAGGCCAGAGCUGGCCACCCCACAGCGUUUGUGCUGGUGUCCGGUGGCUCCCUGUCCCAUUUCUUGGGGCCCUUCCAAAGCUCAUGUUAUAUGCAGUAGUGAGUGUUUACAAAAUGUAUGCAAAAAGAACCCACCCUCACCCCAUCUCACCCCCACCCCCUGGGCAACUGACUCACUAUCUGGUGAGAGAUGUGCUGGGAUCACAGCUGGAGAGUUGAUUGAGUGUGGACAUUUGAGAGAGGGAGCUCGAUGUGAGCAUGCCUGCUGAGUGUGCGGGAGGUAGAGGGUCUGAUUCCGGGGUAGGAGCAUAGGGAGGAAGUGGUGAUCUUCCUACUCCUGUAGCAUGUCUGCCUCACCGGCUUGGUCCCCCCAACCCACCCUCCAGCCAUGCCUGGGCAAAUCCCAGCCAGAGUCCUUCUUCCUCGGUGAUGGCCUCAAACUUCGUCCCGAGGUCAUAUGCCGCGGAAUCUCCCAGGUGUCCCACCCAGUGCCGGACCUCCUCUUUCUUCCCUCCGCUGCUCUCCUCUCCGUGGUGAGAAACCUGCCUUGUUCCAGAUAAUGAUCGUGCCCUCGCAUGACUGUCACUGCUUUCUGUGCACAGACGACUGUCUUAAGCGCCCCAUGCCUAUCAAUGGAGACAAAAAAUCUCUCGUUACCUCUGAGUUGUUUUCCAACAAGUACCUUCGGAGAAAGAAUUCUGUUUUUAGCUUCUUGUUCCCCCUGCUCUCCUCUUCCUGGUUUGAUUUGGGCAGCGAUGGAGAAUGGAUUCUGUCAAAGACUGCCUGCUAACAUGAACAGAAAUGCACUUGUAACUCAUGGAAAUAAAUUGAAGUCUGGUAUCUUCACACUAACGUUAAGAUUUAGUUUGGCUUUUCUCUGGGCUAGUGUGUUCGGAUGGGCAGUCAGGCUCGGCCGGCAUCCCUGGGCAGCGUGCUCGCCUGCCGUGGGUGGUCAUUUGUACAAAGCUUUGCUCAGACAUCUCUCGCCCUCCAGCGUGUGGGGAGAGCCCGGCCUCGGUUUUCCUCAGUUUCUCUGCUAGCAUUAGAGAUUUAGUAGGAAAAAAAAUGGUGACCAAGAACUGUUCUCCUUGGGUGGGAGACUCUGAUCCCCAGCCCCUCAGCAAGGGCAGCCGUAAGCGGUCAGGCCUCAUCCAGCCCAACUGGAGGAUCCUCAGCUCUGGACAAAGCUGAGCUGGGCCUUUGGGGUCGCAGACACUGGGCUUUUCAUUUGUUUUUCACCUCCACGCUUGUUCUUCUCCCAGGAGUUUCUAGAGUCAGUCUGGAAUAAGGUGUAGACCUGGAACUGAUGCUUUUGGUUCCUCACUUUUAAUUUCUUAAGGAGUGUGCAUGGCUUCGUUUCCCCUACUCCUCUGUGCUUUUCAAAUGAAUUUUAUCUAGGAACAUAGAUUUAGAACUGGAAGAUUUAGGCCAACCCCCCCCCCUUUUUUUUUACAGCUGAAUAAAUGAGGCCUACAGAGUUCAAAUGACUUGUCCAAGGUCACACAUGUAAUGAAUAGGGUCUGGGUUUCAACCCAGGUUUUCCGCCUCCAAAUUCAGUACCCUUUCCUCUGGACCAUGCUGCCUCCUUUGUCUCUGUAUUAAAAGUUUGGUCUUCAGAUCCUCCUCCAAACCACAGCCUUGGUGUAUCACUAAUCUGGUGCUCUGGGCAGCCAACUAAGAUGGCCUCUAGUUUGUAGUCACUCUGGGCAUCGGGCAUGCCAACAGAAACCCCAUUAGAAAUGUGUUAACCAUGGCCUUGUUCGAAAUGCUUUCAAAUCCCGCGACACCAGAUAUGCAAUGACGCAACCCAGCUGCUUGAGCUUGGGCUCUGAGACCUCCGAGAGAUUUGGGGGGGGUGCUCCCCAAGGAGGCUUUUAGCAGUUGAGCCCAUGCAUCUGGAAUCACAGGUCUGUAAUGCCCGAAGGGGCCUUAGAGAUCACCUGAUUCAGCUCAUCCAUUUUUUAGGAGAUGAAACCGAGACCCAGAUGAGUUUUGAGUGACCAUCCUUAAUGAAAACCACACUGCCCGCCAUUUGUUCCACAUCACAUUUAGACCAUUUCAGAGCAGCUAUUAAGUUGGAGCUCUUUUUCUUAUGUUGAUAUAAUUUUUAAAGAAAUUGGUAACUUUUGUAGUCUGUAGUAUGGUACUAGUGUGUCCAUGCCUGCUUCUGCAAACGCACGUGAUCUGGGCCCUUGCGAAGUACUUUUAUAUUUGUAAAUCAAUGUUUCCGAGUAAUCCCCACUUGGUGGGAACUAUUUUUGUAAAUGCAGCCAUUAAAAAAAAAAAAACUAUUGAGCAGUCCUUCUGCUGAUAACUUUUCAAUGCACUUGGGCUUCUAAACGGCUGUGCCGGUGUUGGAAAACCAGUGCCGCCAACAUGGCGGCAAGGAGAGAGUCCGGCCGAGCAGUCUUUUCUGCCGUCCGGCCAGCCCAGAACAGCACAUGAGAAAGAGUGGCCCUCCCAAGCCUGCUUGGCCGCCACGGCGCGUGCUGUCCCCCCCUUCCUUGGGCUGGUUCCGUGUAGGGCACUCGCCGAACACGUCCCAGAAAAAACGGCUUCGUUUGUACCUGCUUUGUCUUGUUGGUGCCUUUUUAGUAUUGUACCCCUAACCUCUGCAUAAGUGACUUAAUUGAUGGUAAGUUUUAAAGAACAUGGAAAAGGGAGAUUUUUAUUAAGAAUCUGAAUGUAUAUUAUUCAUUGUAUUGUUUUAACUGAACAUUCUCUUGUGGCAUUUGUGAGCUGGUUAAUCUGUAUAAACGAUUGUAAGUAGCAAAGGUUUCUAUUUCCAGUGGACUCUUUGGGUGUUGUACACGUACCUUUGGGAAAAAAAACAAACAACCUGAUUCAUUGAGUGUUUACUGCUUUUGACAUCAAAUCAUUAAAUUGUGGCCCUGUCUUACCCAAA